CAAAAGUGGCAGGUCUUUGUCCCGAACAUGUCCCUCGUCGGACUAUCGAUGGCAACGCCCGGGUCCGUGGUGGCGCUGACGAUUGCAAUAGGGUCCGUUGGCGCCUGGGUGUGGAAGACGCGGUGGCCUGAGUCGCAUCGGAGAUUUGUCUAUGCGGUUGCCUCAGGCGGGAUUGCGGGCGAGGGCAUUGGGAAUGUCGUACAGAGCAUAUUGCAGAUUUCCGGCGUUGGCGGAGGCGAUCUGGGGACUAUGCUGGGCUGUCCUGGGGGUGCGUGCUGAGCGGACCGGCCUUUGCUUCUUGUGUGUGUUGGUUAAUACUACGUAGAGGCCAUACUGUACCUAAUCCUGAUUAGGAAGUGCAGUGCGCUGGUAAAGCCUCCAGCUGAUGGAUUAUUUAAGAACAAAAUCUUCCCACAAUUGCUGUCUAGUCUCUUUACACACACACAGAAAAACACACAAUCAUGCCCGGUCAAUUCGCACCCGUCUUUACUUCCUCGGCACCCAGGCCCCUCCCCCAAUUCUCGCAAGCCGUCGCGUACAACGGGCUGGUCUACUGCUCCGGCAACAUCGGAAUCAAACCAGGCUCGGGAUUCGAGCUAGUCGGGGGCACGGCCAAGGAUCGCACGGUGAGUAAGGUGGCCACUGCACUGGAGUUAUCCGAGCCUUUCAACCUUUGUUUACCCCUUCGUUCCGCCAGCAGUGACUUGCGGGACUGGAGACUGACGCCCAAUACAAUUCUAUUGUCGCAGCGACAAAUCCUCACGAAUAUCCACACUAUCCUCCAAGCCGCCGGGAGCGGCCUUGAUAAUGUCCUCAAGAUGAAUAUCUUCCUCACGGACAUGGACGACUUUGGAAUUAUCAAUGAGGCGUACGACGAGUUCUUUACGCAAGGGAUUAAGCCAGCCAGAACCUGCGUUGCGGUCUACCAGUUGCCGUUCGGGACGGAUGUAGAGAUUGAAUGUAUAGCACAUCUGGAGAGGCAAUAGUGAGUGAAUGGUGGCGUCGGUGGAGACCAAAUGCUGCAAAGUAAAGGAAUGUUAUUCAAACCGCAAGUGGGAGGUUGCCCUUUACAUACUGAACUGUAAAUAUACAUAUUGCGUCGUCCAUAUACAUCCUCAUCUUCCAGCAGCAGCCAAUGGCGGCCAGAGUAGUUUCCCCGUGGGCGACUUAACCAGCAGCCCACCCUUCCACACAUACCUG